UGUUCACCAACACUUCAAGUUGAUUCCGUCUGAACACAUCACAUGUCAUCAUCUCAAUCGCAUACUGGCCUUUGUAUAAUAUUUCGAACAGACCAUAAAGCGACUGUUUGAACCUGACGAACCAACUGGCGUCAAUUAACAAGUAGUCAAAGACAUAUCCCCCUCAUCCGUUUCAUGGGCCACCUCCUCUCUCAAGCAUCAACCUCUAAUCCCAAUCAUCGUCGCAAUACCAACAUAAAGUAAGGAGACAACACAAAAAGCAUACCCAAUACAACUGGCGACGAAAGUGUUUCUUCGCUCCUGCCAAAAUGCACGAGAUCUUCCUCACAGCCCUCAUCGAGGACAAAGACUUCACCUCAGCACGCGCAGUCCUCGGCGGUCUCACUAACAUGGACCCAUGGGAAUCAAUCCAGCGCGUCCUCUACUUCCAAGGUCCCCAGCGCCCCAUGGGUAUCUCCAACCAGAGCUCUAUCGAAAAGCCCAUACGGAAUAAUACCGGGUUCCUUUGGAAAGAGCUUCACCAGAACUUGACCCGACAAUCGUUCAUAUUGCAAACGCGAUAUGAUGUGCUCAAAGAUCGCGACAUGGGAGCCAAUGCUUCGCCGAUGGAUCUCGAUGCGACGCAGGGUAUCUUGAGAUGGACGGAUUUUCCUGAUCCGCCGCGUGGACAGCCUUUGCUUACACAGCGGAAGAAGGUUGAGCUUUGGGAUCAGAAGAAGUUGCCUUCCAUCAUGCGCGACAACAACCACAUUUUCAAGACGGAAACAAUCGAGGAAGUCUACCGCUUCUACAGAGAUGACAUCGAGUUCUGUCUAACACGCCACUACUUCCUCCAACCUCUAGAGCACUACACCCCCAUGGAAACAAAACAGCAAGCAACCAUCCCAAUGGACACUCUACCGCCCUGGGAAUCCCUCAUACCCGUCGAUCAGCAGAAGCGAUGGUUCCUUCAGGUCAAGGCGCAUGUCGUCCAGGAUAACAAACCGGACGAGAUUCGCAAGGCCCAGGAUCAACUGCUCGCUGUGCGUAGAGAGCUCGACGGGGUUUUCGAGUUCCGGGGUAUUGAUCGCAAGGUUCACGAUACCAGGGUUAUGCAGCCGAUGCAGGGGGUUCAGCAGUUGCCGCAGAAGGUUACGGUUGGGAAGUAGAAUGUCCACAAGAAGAGGCCGCGCGGGUGGUAUUGAGGACUGCCCACUUCCCGCUUGUUGACGGAGACAUGGGGCACGUAGCUUGCAAUGAGGUUACACUCAAUUAAUAGAUGAUACCCGGUAUGAUAGACGGUAUGGUCGCCUAACUAUCAUUACUCUUUGAUCACACUAAACCGCUCCGCCGGCUAUGUUUUCGUGUUCUGAACCUCUCAACUCAUUAUGUCGUGACUGCCUCC